AGUACCUGUUGAGGACGGGCACAGUGAACAGCAUGGAGAGCUCUCAGUCUGUCCCCAGCAUGUCGAUCUCAGCGAGCUCUCAGAGCAGCUCAGUGAACAGUCUGGCCGACGCCUCCGACGACAGCAGCAGUGAGAUGGCCAUGAUGCAGGAGGGAGAGCACACGGUGACGUCCAACAGCUCCAUCAUACACAGGCCCACGGGUCAGGACAACAUCUAUGAUGAUCCUUACCAGCCGGAGAUGGAUCAGCCUCAGGCUCCGUCUGCCGGCCGCCGUCGAGCCUACUACCGUAACCGGGACCACUUCGCCACCAUCCGGACGGCCUCUCUGGUGACCCGUCAGAUCCAGGAGCACGAGCAGGGCUCGGCGCUGCGGGAGCAGAUGUCGGGAUACAAGCGCAUGAGGCGGCAGCACCAGAAGCAGCUGAUGGGGCUGGAGAACAAGCUGAAGGCGGAGAUGGACGAGCACCAGCUGAAACUGGACAAGGAGCUGGAGAACCAGAGGAACAGCUUCUCCACCGAGGCCGACAAGCUGGGCAAGAAGCACCAGGCCAUCCUGGAGAAAGAGACCAAAGCAGCUCUAGCGGAGGAGAAGAAGUUCCAGCAGCACAUUCUGGGUCAGCAGAAGAAAGAGCUCACAAGUUUACUGGAGUCACAGAAACGCCAGUACCGCCAGCGCAAGGACCAGCUGAAAGAGGAGCUGAACGAGAACCAGUCGACCCCGAAGCGUGAGAAGCAGGAGUGGCUGAUCCGUCAGAAGGAGUGUCUGCAGCAGAUGCAGGCGGAGGAGGAGGCCAGUCUGCUCCGGAGGCAGCGGCAGUACUACGAGCUGCAGUGUCGACAGUACAAGAGGAAGAUGCUGCUGGCUCGUCACAACCUGGAGCAGGACCUGCUCAGAGAGGACCUGAACAAGAAGCAGACCCAGAAGGAUCUGGAGUGCGCCAUGCUGCUGCGGCACCACGAGUCCACCCAGGAGCUGGAGUUCAGGCAGCUGGGCUCGGUGCAGCGAACCCGGGCCGUGAUCCGGACGCAGCACCAGACCGAGCUGACCAAUCAGAUGGAGUACAACAAGCGGCGGGAGCAGGAGCUGCGGCAGAAACACACCAUGGAGGUCCGGCAGCAGCCCAAGAGCCUGAAGUCCAAAGAGCUGCAGAUCAAGCGUCAGUUCCAGGAAACCUGUAAGAUCCAAACCCGUCAGUACAAAGCUCUGCGUAACCACCUGCUGGAGAGCACUCCGAAAUCCGACCACAAGGCGGUCCUCAAACGCCUCAAAGAGGAGCAAACACGUAAGCUGGCCAUCCUGGCCGAGCAGUACGACCACUCCAUCAACGACAUGCUGUCCACACAGGCUCUGCGGCUGGACGAGACGCAGGAGGCGGAGUACCAGGUGCUGAGGAUGCAGCUGCAGCAGGAGCUCGAGCUGCUCAACGCGUAUCAGAGUAAGAUCAAGAUCCACACGGACACGCAGCACGAGAGGGAGGUGAAGGACCUGGAGCAGAGGGUCUCCAUCCGCCGAGCGCUGCUGGAGCAACGGAUCGAGGAGGAGAUGCUCUCUCUGCAGAACGAGCGCUCAGAGCGGAUCCGGACGUUGCUCGAGCGUCAGGCUCACGAGAUCGAGGCCUUCGACUCGGAGAGCAUGCGCCUGGGCUUCAGCAACAUGGCGCUGACGGGCAUCCCGGCCGAGGCCUUCAACCAGGGCUACCCGACCCCCAGCCCGUCCUCGGGCUCCGGCGGCUGGCCCUCGCGGCCCGUCCCUCGCUCCGGGAGCCACUGGAGCCACAGCGUGCAGAACUCGGUGGCGACUCCGUCCUGGCGCAGUCAGAACCACGGCGGCGGCGGAGGCUUCAGCCGGGCCGAGUCCGUCACCUCCUCCCACGGCCUCGGCAGGGACAGUGAGCUGCACAAGAGCGGCCGGGGCCACCACCCCUCCUCUUCCUCCUCCUCCUCCUCUUCCUCCCACCACCAGCAGCAGCACUACCUCCCUCAGCACUACCAACACCACCAGAGCACUCCGCACCUCUACCGCGAGAGCCACGAGCGCCACGACGGCAGGGAGCGCGAGCGGGCCCGGGAGUGGGUGGGAGGGGGGGGCCACUACUCCCAUCACUCCCAGGGCCACCACCAUCACCACCACCACCACCACCUCUCCACCCACGCCUCCUCCCAGUCCCUGGCUCUCCUUCCUCCCCCUCCUCCGCCUCCCCCCAUCUCCCUCUCCUCCUCCUCUCCUCCUUCCUCCGCCUCCUCUUCCUCGUCGUCUCAAGGAGGCUACGGAGGCGGGGGCCUCGCCGUCAGGGGCCCCACCCUGAUGGCGCUCAGGAACAGCCCCCAGCCUCUGCGCAGGACGGCCUCGGGGGGCCCGGGGGCCGGCGGGAGCGACGGGGGCCUCAGCCGCAGCACGUCGGUCACUUCUCACAUUUCUAACGGCUCUCACCUGUCGUACUCGUGAGCUCGCCGCCGUCUCUCCGCUCGGACCUGCUGUUGCUAUGACGACAGCAGCAGGUCGAUGCUCGUCUGAGAGCGAGAGGAGUUCUUUUUUUUUU